GAAGGUUUUUAGCAAAGAAAAUUAUCGGCAUUUUGUCAUAGAAAUCGGUGAUAUUCCACCAAAACUAAUUAUCAGUUAAAAGAACCAGCAGGAAUCGACCAGGAUGAGAUCUUUGCUCUUCAUUGCGGCUCUACUCAUCGUAGCAGCUGGUACCGAUGCCUUUAAUAUACGCGAUUAUGUGGGUAUUGAUCCGGAUUUUUCGUGUGAACCUGGUUCAGAUUUUAUGAAGAACUGCAAUUCCUGCAGAUGCGACCCAGAUGGAAAAUCUGCUUCUUGUACCCUAAUGGCAUGCGGAAGAUGUGGCACCAUUGCCAAUGCCGAAGACCCCGAGUCUGCCGAGUAUUUAGGAUUUCAUCCCGAUUUUCGUUGCACACCCGGUUCCACUUUCAAGGACAAGUGCAAUAACACCUGCUAUUGCCAUCGUUCUGGUACAACGGCUGCUUGUACUUAUGUUGUUAGUUGCGAUAAAAAUCGUAAAACCGCAUGGACCUCGAGGGCAUAAAUCAUUUUUAAUACAUUUGUGUGAUCUACUCACUGAUGGCACAGGAGAUAUUCAUAU